UCGCCGCGCACCGAGGAGAGAAAGGGAGAAGGGACAGUAAUGGCGGCCAGUUAGUGCGAGACUGAGCCGAGGAGGCGGCGGCAGCGACGGGAGGAGCCGGCGCGGCUCCGUCUGUGGCUCUGCCCGGCGGACCGGCUUCCCCAGAGGACUUUUUUUUUCCUUCCUCCCCCUUCCCCCCUUCCCCCUCUCCCUCCCCUUCCCCUCCCUACCCGAGCCCCCGCCUGUCCGCCCUCCCUCCUCCCUCCGCGCCGGCGGCGGCGGCAGCGGCGGCGGCAGCGGCGGCCCCCCGUGUCCCCCCUCCUCGGGGCCAUGGUGAACACUAGGAAGAGCUCCUUGCGCCCCCUGGGCAAAGCGGCGGCCGCUGCGGCCGGAGCCGGCAGCCAUUUCAUCUCGUCCCGGACCCGCUCUUCCAAAAGGGGCACCAAGGCAGAUGCGGCCGGGCUGGAAGAGACGGCGGCAGCGCGGAAAGAUGAAGGUAGUGAUGCUAGUUUGAGUGAUAGCCACGUAUCUCCUCCUGCCAAACGUACCUCAAAACAUGCUGAUCCUGUGUGCAAAGACAAAUCAAAAUCACGCAGUACUGGGCAGCGAGAGGAAUGGAGCAUCUCAACUGGACAGUCCAGGUUAACUUCUCAGCCUGGUUCUACACUACCAAAUGGACGUAGCUUAUCUCUCAAAAGCCAUCCCCUUCGGGGGGAAAAAAAGGGAGAUGGGGACCAUGCUUGCAUAAACGGAGAUAUAGAAGUCAGAAAAAGUUGUCGGUCCAGGAAAAACAGAUUUGAAACUUUGAAUCAGAGUUUAUUGUUUGAUCAGCUAGUAAACAGUACUGCUGAAGCUGUCCUGCAGGAAAUGGAUAAUAUUAACAUCAGGAGAAAUAGACGGUCUGGGGAAGUAGAACGGCUACGGAUGUGGACAGAUACAGAAUUUGAAAACAUGGAUAUGUAUUCUCGAGUGAAAAGAAGAAGGAAAUCACUGAGGAGAAACAGCUAUGGGAUUCAGAACCACCAUGAAGUGUCCACAGAAGGGGAAGAAGAAGAGUCUCAGGAAGAAGAUGGAGAUAUAGAAGUAGAAGAAGCCGAGGGAGAAGAAAAUGAUCGGCCAUAUAAUCUCAGACAGAGAAAAACUGUUGAAAGAUACCAGGCCCCUCCAAUAGUGCCAUCUCAUCAAAAAAAGAGAGAAAAUACGCUCUUUGAUAUUCACAGAUCUCCUGCAAGAAGAAGCCAUAUCAGGAGAAAGAAGCAUGCUAUUCACAGCAGUGAUACAACCUCUUCAGAUGAAGAACGUUUUGAAAGAAGAAAAUCUAAAAGCAUGGCCAGAGCAAGAAAUAGGUGCCUGCCUUUAAACUUUAGGGCAGAAGACUUAGCUAGUGGAAUCCUGCGAGAACGUGUGAAAGUUGGGGCAAGUUUGGCUGAUGUUGACCCUAUGAUUGUUGAUAAAUCGGUGCGUUUCGAUAGUAUAGGGGGAUUGAGCCAUCAUAUCCUUGCACUUAAGGAAAUGGUAGUGUUUCCUCUUCUCUAUCCAGAAAUAUUUGAAAAAUUCAAAAUUCAGCCACCAAGGGGCUGUUUAUUCUAUGGUCCUCCUGGAACAGGUAAAACCUUGGUAGCUAGAGCUCUAGCUAAUGAAUGCAGUCAAGGAGACAAAAAGGUGGCUUUCUUUAUGAGGAAAGGAGCAGACUGUCUCAGUAAGUGGGUUGGUGAAUCUGAACGUCAGCUUCGACUCCUUUUUGAUCAGGCAUACUUGAUGAGACCCUCUAUAAUCUUUUUUGAUGAAAUAGAUGGCUUGGCUCCAGUUCGUUCUAGUAGACAAGAUCAGAUUCACAGCUCUAUAGUGUCUACUCUUCUUGCCCUCAUGGAUGGACUGGAUAAUAGAGGUGAAAUAGUUGUAAUUGGUGCUACAAACAGACUGGAUUCUAUAGAUCCUGCACUCAGGAGACCUGGUCGCUUUGACAGGGAAUUUCUUUUCAACUUGCCUGAUCAAAAGGCACGAAAGCACAUUUUACAAAUUCAUACCAGGGAUUGGAACCCCAAAUUGUCAGAUCCUUUCUUAGGAGAACUGGCUGAAAAAUGUGUUGGGUACUGUGGAGCUGACAUAAAAGCACUUUGCACUGAGGCUGCCUUGAUUGCCCUGAGACGACGCUAUCCCCAGAUUUAUGUGAGCAGUCAGAAACUACAGCUUGAUGUUUCUUCAGUAGUUCUCAGCGCACAGGAUUUUUAUCAUGCAAUGCAGAAUAUUGUGCCUGCUUCCCAACGUGCCGUGACGUCUUCAGGACAUGCGUUAUCUCCUGUGAUCAGACCACUGUUGGAGCGUACCUUCACCAACCUUCUUGAGGUUUUACACAAAGUAUUUCCUCACGCUGAAUUUAGCCAGGGUGACAAAAGUGAAGAUGUACCAAGUCUAAUAUUAGAUGAUAGUGAAGAUGAGAAUGCUUCAUCAAUUUUUGAGACGAGCUGUCACUCAGGAUCACCAAAGAAACAGUCAUCAGCUGCUAUACAUAAACCCUACCUUCAUUUUACAAUGUCAGCUUAUCACCAGCCAACCUCUUACCGACCAAGAUUACUGCUAUCUGGAGAGAGAGGUUCGGGUCAGACUUCGCACCUUGCUCCAGCACUAUUGCACAGUCUUGAAAAAUUCUCUGUACACAGGCUAGAUCUGCCAGCACUUUAUUCAGUCAGUGCCAAAACGCCUGAGGAAUCAUGUGCACAGAUCUUUCGUGAAGCUCGAAGAACAGUACCAAGUAUUGUUUACAUGCCUCAUAUUGGUGAUUGGUGGGAAGCUGUCAGUGAAACUGUGAGAGCUACUUUUCUAACUUUGCUGCAAGAUAUACCAUCCUUCUCCCCUAUAUUUCUACUGUCUACCUCUGAGUCCAUGUAUAGUGAAUUACCUGAAGAGGUGAAAUGUAUUUUCAGAAUCCAGUAUGAAGAGGUUUUUUAUAUUCAAAGACCAAGUGAAGAAGACAGAUUGCGAUUUUUCAAAGGGUUAAUUCUUGAUGAGGCAGCAAUGCCCCCACCAAGAAGGAAACAGGCUGCUCUUCGUGCUCUGGAAGUUCUUCCUCUUGCACUGCCAUGUCCUACCCGUGAGCUGUCAGAAGCAGAAAAACAGCGAAUGGAGGACCAGGAAGAGAACACAUUGAGAGAGCUGCGGUUGUUUCUCAGGGAUGUUACCAAGAGGCUGGCCACAGACAAACGCUUUAACAUCUUCAGCAAACCGGUGGAUAUUGAAGAGGUUUCAGAUUACCUUGAAGUUAUCAAAGAGCCAAUGGACCUAUCAACAGUAAUAACCAAAAUUGAUAAACACAACUACUUAACAGCCAAGGAUUUCCUAACAGAUAUUGACCUGAUCUGCAGCAACGCAUUGGAGUACAAUCCGGACAAAGAUCCUGGAGAUAAAAUAAUUAGACACAGAGCUUGUACUUUGAAGGACACUGCUCAUGCUAUCAUUGCUGCUGAACUGGAUCCAGAAUUUAAUAAGAUGUGUGAAGAAAUCAAGGAAGCGAGAAGAAAAAGAGGCUUAUCGGUAACAGCAGAACAAAUAAAUCCUCAUGGUUCUACUGUACGGAAAACAGAAGCUAGAGUUGAAGAGGCUUUCCGGAACAAACAAAAACCCACAAUGACGGUGUGGCCCAACUCUGCAAAUAAAUGUGCAUUUCGAAUAAGGAGAAAAUCAAGACGACGCUCACAGUGGGGCAAAGGCAUUAUUAAGAAGAGGAAAGUCAAUAAUUUAAAGAAAGAUGAAGAUGAUGCAAAGUUUGCUGAUGAUGAAAAUCAUGGAGAGGACAGUAAAUUGCUGGAAAAUGGAGAGCUAGAGAUCAGCACUGACUGCAUUGAGGAGAAUGGGGAGGAAACAGGAGAUCUCUCUAUGACAAAUGAUGAAUCCUCUUGUGAUAUUAUGGAUAUAGAUGCAGAGCAGAGGCUUAACAAUGGGACAUCAGGAAAGGAAAACAAUUUUGCAUCCACAGAAGAAGAGAGCUCAAAUGAAUCUCUGUUAAUAACUGACAGUGUUACCCUGAGUACUGAAAAGGAAUUAAGGAAGGACUCUACAUCAAAAGGGGACUGUGUGAAUGGAGAGACAUCCGUACACGGCUCAGAGGGUAUACCUGUUCCAGCAUGUCACAAUGGUAAAAUGGAAUCAGUUGAUGCUGUUUCACCCUGUGACAACAGUGAUGGGUCUAGUAACAAGCAAAAAUCUUCAUCUGAAGAUCAGCCAAAGGAUAAAACAGAAGCUUCCAGUGAAAGUCAAGGAGAUGAUCUAGUGAAAGCUGAGUUACCACAUUGCAGCAAUAAUGAAAAAACACUACAGAGCACAGACAUUGAAACUAAAGAUGCUGAAGCAGAUAAAGAAGGUAUAUUCAAAAGCAAGAAAACACGAAAAGUCGCUACGGAACAGUCGAAGCCCGCAAGUUUAGAGCAGGUCCUGGAGGAACUAUCGGAUCCCUUACCCUCUGUAGUUGUUGACCAUGACAGACUAAAGAAACUGCUUGAUUUGGUGGUUAAGAAAAGUGACAACCUGACUGUUGACCAACUUGAGAGAUUGUAUUCGCUCCUCAGUCAAUGCAUCUACAGACAUCGUAGAGACUAUGACAAAUCACAACUUAUAGAGGAGAUGGAAAGAACAGUUCAUGUGUUUGAAACAUUCCUGUGAACUCGUCAAGAUGGGUGGGUUUAUCCUCUCAAACUGCUCAUGGGAGAGCAGUCCUCUGAGCCAUUCAGUUUCCAUUUGCACCAAGUAUGUGCAGAGCCUUGGUCUUAAGUGCUCUCUCUUUUUCUUUCUGUUGAAUUUGGUGCUAUUGUCUCAGGUACCUGAAACCAACCAGCCUACAAGAACCAAACGGAACUUCAUAUAGUUGUAUCUGAUAUAAAUAAAGAAUACAAUGCCACAGCUUGGAGAUUUUUGGUGCUACAGAAACUGUUCUCAUUUCUGCUCUUGUUCACUCUACAUGCAUUAUCUUUGGGGAAACUUCAGGCAAAGUGGAGACCAACACAUACAAGAGGACUGGAAAGAGCAGAUCUAAGUUGAAUAUUUUUAAACAGGCAACGUUUUUUUAAUUUUUUUUUUUCCAAGUUUUCUCUUCUCUGGGGUAAUGGACAAAAAGAUCUGUUCUGAAGAAGGCAAUGAUGCAUUGUGGUAGGAAUCUUGAGUAACUGGAUGUACAGUAAUUUGAAGAUGAGGCUCUCUAGAACUGCCUUUAAUGUGCCUUUUAGUCAAUUGAGAAAGAUAAGGCUAAUCAAUUGGUUUGGAUUAUAGCAAAUGGCAAUGUUAGAAAGCUGUCUUCAGAAUGAAGAUCUCCAAAAGGAUGAUUUGUAUUCUCUUCAUUGGAUGGCAACCAGUAUUAUGGUUCUAAAAUGCCUGUCUUACUCUACAGAACUAAACUAAGACACACUGAAAAAGCCACAUACUUUACCAAAAUGGUGAAAUUCCUUUUUCAUUGGUAUAUAUUUGUUUUAGAAACAAGUUACACAGUGAAACUCUUCUGUGUUGCUAAAAAGUAAGCAUUUUCCCACCAUCUCCUUGUUUUCCAUUUUGAGUUCCUUAAGAAAACCAAGUUUAAUACUGGCAGGUUUCUUCCUGAAGUUCCGUGUUUGUAAUUUAGCUUGGACUGUGCAGUGCAGGAAGGAGACACUAUAGUCUUUCAAAGUCCUGGAGCCCAAGCUCACUUGAAAAUAAAACUUAAACUAGGCUUCACAGGUCGGUCUGUGCAAAGCAUUGCUAAUGUUGGGGGGGGGUGUUGGAGGACAGCCUUUUGAAUCGAUCUGUUCGGACCUGAGUUCUCUGGGUCUGAAUUGUGUAGUUCAAAACCUUUCCUUUCUGGCAACGGGAGAGAACAGUCUAGGCAGUUUCAAGAAAAACAUGUUUUAUCACAAGCUCAGUAUUAAAACAUUACCUGGGCUGAUUGAUUUCAAACCUACAUAGAAAGUGUUUUAGAGAAGUUGGCUGGUGUUACCAUCAUUAACCAUUCAUUGUGACUGUCCCUGCGUAGCUGCGGAAGUGUCUUUCCAGAAAUAUGCAACACAGUGUGAUUAGUUUUUAAUUAGAGAAAACAGACUACUGCAGAGAUACUGAGCUACCUCAGCUUUUUGUAUUUUAGUUACCAACAGUGUUUAUGGAGAACUGUAAUCACUCUGCUCCCAUUUACAAACUGAAGCUAAGGUACUUGUCUCCACCUCUACGGCUAAUAGUAGUAUAGUGCUGCAGAGAAACAAAACAUGGGCCUUGGGCUACUGCAGUAAUCUAGAGUGCUUUGUAUAUUAUGGUUAAACAUAAUUCUAUCUUGGAUCUUUUUCUCCCCUGAAUGCCACUGUUUUUCUUCAUAGCUAAUGGCAGAAAAAGGUUUUAAGCAUUCAUGUACAUCUAGUUACACCUUCUAAAUGCAACCCAUGCAGAAACACUGUAUUUUUUAGGUGGGAAAGUGCGAUUAAAAACAACAAAAACAAGCAGAAAACACAUUUUAAAUGAGAUUCUUUGAUCUCAGAUUUGAUUAUGGGAUUUUUUUUCCAUGUUUCAUUUAGUAUUUAUUAGCAUCAUACCUGUUUGAGAUAUUUUUGUGUCUGGUACAUUAACAGCAUUUUGUAUUUUGAUGGAAAUUGUUACAAACUUUAAGAUUUGAUUAAAUAAAAUGUAGCAGAUUUUUUGUAGCAAGUUUCUGAUAAAAGGGUUUUUUGCAAGUCUCAGGUUCUUGCUGCAGAAUUUUUUAAAAAUAUUUAUUCCAGUUUCACUUACUCAAAGAAGUUUUUGUUCAAGUAACAGCAGCACUUGUGGAAGAUAAAACUGCAUACAUUUUUAGAUGAUAAUAAAUUUAUAUAAAUUAAAACAGUUGAGAAUUUUAGUCACCAGUGAGUGUGAAAAGCAAGUUUAAGCUAAUGCCUAGCAUUAAAAAUGGUUCUAAAAGGUCAGGUUUCUAAAGGAAAAUUUUUACUGUCAGUUGUUGAUUGGGAAAAAUCAUAAGAGGCAACUUUACUAAUUAAGGAGCUGCCAUGUUGUUUUAGAGAAAAGUAGCUGAUAUCAGAUGUUCUAGUGGACAGCUUACCUAAAAUGAUAUACUCGCCUUCCUAGCCCAAAUAACCACACUUCAGUUUUUGUUUUCCUUUACAGACGUCUGGUGGUUAUAGAGUUAAAACAGCUGUUAAUCUAUCCAUGUGGUCUAAACUUGUUUACUCUUUGUAUGUUUUUAAUUAUUUUUUUUUUGCCACAUAGCACUGGCAAGAGUUUGUACAAAUUGACCUCUCUUCCUUGUUUCUUGUUGUGAAAAUUGCAAAUAAACUCCUGUGUGAGUCCUUGUGCUGGGGUCAAUGAAAUGUAGCCGGCCAGAAGAAAGCAGUUUUUGUCUCUGGGGCUGGUGGGGCUGUCUUGGAGGUAAUAGAGUUGCUCUUGGGUGAAGUUGAUGGCUAUGGAGUUAAUUGUAUUUGCAAGCUUGAAUCUCACCUGUGAUUAAUUUUUUUGUUUUGUUUUGUUUUGUGUCCUCUGUAUUGUUACUUGAUUUCUUCAUAUGCCAAUGUAUUUAUAGAUUACUGGUUUUUGUAAUAUCUUGUCUUUUUUUUUUUUUUUUUUUUUUUAAUUAAGUUGGUGGGUCAGCUCUGGUUUUACCAGUCAGUCUCCUGAAUGGCAGGUCCUGCAGCUGAUAGUCAUUUAUUUUGUUUUUAUUUUAUUUUGUAAUCACAACAUAAGCUUGAAUUUGGGCUUGUACUUGCAUCUUUUGUAUCUUGUACAUUGGGUUAUUUAGACAUUGGGGAGUCCUGUUUGGUUUCAUUAACGUGUGUCUACUUUGUGGAUUAAGUAGACUUCCUUCAUCAACUAUGGUAUAUUUUGGAUUCUAUAGUUUUAUUCAGAACUGUGUUUAAAUUGAUGUUUUGCGUUUUGACUUCAUUUUACGUUAGUUUGAAGUAAGUUAUUUAAUUUUUUUGAACUUCUGGAAAUUUUGAACAUUUUACUGUAAUUUGUAAUAUAACUGCUGUGAAAUACUUGAAUAAAGAUGAUAAGAAAACACAGCUUUAGCUCCUUCAAAAAUGUAUUUGAAAGAAAUGCUGCCUCCUAGCUGAUUUCAGUCUUUUUCUUAGCAGACCUCCUUGAUUUCACAGUUCAGAUAUUUUACUCUGGGGUCUUGCUGUUUAGUUAUUUUGAGCGGUUUAAUUUGUAACUUUUGCUUUCAGUGUUUGUCCAUUAAAGAAAAAAACUUC